CUCCCCGCUGAUCACUGGAGGAGUCUAACGUGCAGUCGGUGGUUCUCACAGCGCUGGUGUUCAUCCUCUUUGGCUUUAUUUUUGACUGAACCUGGCGGCCCCUUGGACACUAACCGUGUGACCCUAAGCUAUGGAAGUUUCCGGUCAAGAAAUGGAAGAGCUCGAGCUUUCCCCGAGACCCCCCUCCAGAGAAGAUGAGAUGAUGGUGCCUGUACUAGGUCCAAAGAAAGCCAGCCAGCUCCCCGUCAACGAAGUGGCCUGCAUCCUUCAGGCUGAGCUGCAGCUGGGUCUGUCGCAGGAGGAGGUCGCCCGGAGGAGGGCCUACCACGGCUGGAAUGAGUUCGACAUCAGCGAGGACGAGCCCCUCUGGAGGAAGUACAUGUGCCAGUUCAAGGACCCUCUCAUCCUGUUGCUCCUCGCGUCCGCGGUCAUCAGUGUGCUCAUGCACCAGUUUGAUGAUGCCAUCAGCAUUACUGUGGCCAUAAUCAUAGUUGUUACGGUUGCCUUUGUGCAGGAGUACCGUUCAGAGAAAUCUCUAGAAGAGUUGGGAAAGCUGGUUCCUCCAGAAUGCCACUGUAUCCGCGAUGGCCGUCUGGAGCAGCUGUUGGCCAGAGAGCUGGUCCCAGGAGACACCGUCUGUCUGUCCGUUGGGGAGAGGGUCCCAGCCGACCUGCGUCUCUUCGAGGCCAGUGACCUGGCUGUGGACGAGUCGAGCCUGACUGGGGAGACCUCCCCCUCCUCCAAGACCACGGCCCCCCAGGACCCGGCCAGCAACGGAGGGGACCUGGCCUCGCGCAGCAACCUGGCCUUCAUGGGGACGCUGGUCCGCUGUGGCAAGGCCAAGGGCAUCGUCAUAGGAACCGGAGAGAACUCAGAGUUUGGGGAGGUGUUCAAGAUGAUGCAGGCAGAGGAGGCUCCUAAGACACCGCUCCAGAAGAGCAUGGACCUGCUGGGGAAGCAGCUCUCGCUCUACUCCUUCUGCAUCAUAGGGGUGAUCAUGCUGGUGGGCUGGCUCCAGGGCAAGCGGAUCAUGGACAUGUUCACCAUCGGCGUCAGCCUGGCGGUGGCGGCCAUCCCAGAGGGCCUCCCCAUCGUGGUGACGGUGACCUUGGCCCUGGGGGUCAUGCGCAUGGUGAAGAAGAGGGCCAUCGUCAAGAAGCUGCCCAUCGUGGAGACCCUGAGCUGCUGCAACGUGAUCUGCUCUGAUAAAACCGGCACUCUGACCAAGAACGAGAUGACGGUGACUCAGGUGUACACGUCGGAUGGCCUCCACGCUGAGGUGACGGGCGUUGGCUACAACGGGGCGGGGGAGGUGCUGCUGGACGGAGACGUGGUGCACGGCUACGCCUGCCCCUCCAUCAGCAAGAUAGUGGAGGUGGGCUGUGUGUGUAACGACUCGGUCAUCAGGAACAACACACUGCUGGGACGACCCACAGAGGGCGCUCUCCUCGCGCUGGCCAUGAAGGCCGGUCUGGAGUCGGUGCAGCAGGAGUUUGUGCGUCUGGAGGAGCAGCCGUUCACCUCGGAGAACAAGUGGAUGGCCGUCCGCUGUGUCCACCGCACCCAGCAGGACCAGCCCGGGGUGUUCUUCAUGAAGGGGGCGUACGAGCAGGUCAUCCGCUACUGCACCUUCUUCAACAGCCGGGGCGCCGCAGUACCGCUCAGCCAGCAGCAGAGGGAGCUGUUCCAGCAGCAGAAGAGCUACAUGGGGACGGCCGGCCUCCGAGUCCUGGCGUUCGCGUCGGGCCCCCAGAUGGGCAGUCUCACCUUCCUGGGCCUGGUGGGCAUCAUCGACCCCCCGAGGUCAGGGGUCAAGGAGGCGAUCGGCACGCUCAUCAGCUCGGGGGUCGCCAUCAAGAUGAUCACCGGGGACUCCCAGGAGACGGCCGUCUCUAUAGCCAGCAGGCUGGGUCUCUACACCAAGGGGUCUCAGUGUCUGUCCGGGGAGGAGGUGGACCAAAUGGACCUGCAUCAGCUGUCCCAGAUUGUCCCGAGGAUCGUGGUGUUCUACAGAGCCAGCCCCAGGAACAAGCUGAAGAUAGUGAAGUCCCUCCAGAACAUCGGCGCGGUGGUUGCCAUGACGGGGGACGGCGUUAACGACGCGGUGGCGCUGAAGGCGGCGGACAUCGGCGUGGCGAUGGGGCUGACGGGGACGGACGUCUGCAAGGAGGCGGCCGACAUGAUCCUGGUGGACGACGACUUCGCCACCAUCCUCUCUGCCAUCGAGGAGGGGAAGGGGAUCUACAACAACAUCAAGAACUUUGUCCGCUUCCAGCUGAGCACGAGCAUCGCAGCGCUCACCCUCAUCUCCUUGGCAACGCUGAUGAACUUCCCCAACCCGCUGAACGCCAUGCAGAUCCUCUGGAUCAACAUCAUCAUGGACGGCCCCCCCGCACAGAGCCUGGGCGUAGAGCCCGUGGACCGCGAGGUGAUCCGCCAGCCCCCCCGUAACGUGAGGGACAGCAUCAUCACCCGCAGCCUGCUGCUCAAGGUGCUGCUGUCGGCCUUCGUCAUCGUCUGCGGCACGCUCUUCGUCUUCUGGAGAGAGUUGCGGGACAACGAGAUCACGCCUCGUGACACCACCAUGACCUUCACCUGCUUCGUCUUCUUCGACAUGUUCAACGCCCUCAGCUCCCGCUCCCAGACCCGCAUGGUGCACGAGAUGGGGCUGUGCAGCAACAGGAUGUUCUGCUACGCCGUGCUGGGCUCCAUCAUGGGCCAGCUCAUGGUCAUCUACUUCCCCCCGCUGCAGAGCGUCUUCCAGACCGAGAGCCUCAGCGUCUUGGACCUGGUGUUCCUGCUGGGCCUCACCUCCUCGGUGUGUGUGCUCUCUGAGCUGGUGAAGCUGGCCGAGCGUUGGCGCGGCGCCCGGCAGGACCGCGGCCGCUGCUCUGACUCCGCCUCCGACGCCGACUCCUUCCACGAAGUAUGACCCCCCCCCCGGAGCCGACCAAUCCCAUCGUACGCACACUGGAGGGGGGGGGCGGGGCUUGGACUGCAACGGGGGAGAAGGGGGGAGAGAGGGGGCCGCGGGAGAGAGAGACUCUGAGACUGAAGCCGCCCCCCCCCCCCUGUCCGAGGAGCCCAGGUAGAGGGAGGAGUCCCAAGAUGGCGUCCUCUGUCGUGGCUCCUCCCCCUUGGCGCCCCUGGGGUUCGGUGUGUGCGUGUGCGUGUGCGUGCGUGUGUGUGUGUGUGUGUGUGUGUGUGCGUGCGCGUGUG